AUGUUUGUACCCCAUCGCAUCCUGCCAUGGCGGCUCCUCGCUCUGCCAGCCCAAGCACGAAGCUUCUCUUCAACGUCACGUCGACUCGAGAUCCGGCAGAUUGCUGAGCUUCCCUCGCGCACGAAGCCGUCAUACAUACCAUCAUCGAAUACGCUGCUGAGCCUGCAAUGGCCGUCGCCGCCGCGCAACAUCCUCAUCACCAAGAAGAAACGCACACCGAACAUCACCGAGUCCGUAAUAGAAUUUACGUCGCACAUCCGCUCCACCUACCCAUCCAUCAACGUCAUCUUCGACCCCGAGACGGCUCAAGAGCUACACGAGCAGCUUCCAUUCCCCGUAUACACAUAUGCGAAGAGCCAAGGUGCACCGCAGUACCUUUCGGAUAAAACUGACUUGGUCUGCACACUGGGCGGCGAUGGAACGCUGCUGAGGGCUAGUAGCCUGUUCAGCCAUGCAGACAAUGUACCUCCAGUAUUGAGCUUUGCCAUGGGCACCAUCGGCUUCUUGGGCGAGUUCAAGUUCAGGGAAUACAAGAGGGCGUUCCGGGAAGUGUAUAUGAGCGGUGCGCCAGACACGUACUCUACUCUCUCCGACUCGCUAGGGACAAAUCCUCCUACACCCCCCACGUCGCCAGAUGAUCCUUUGGACCGGCCACUGAGCUAUGCCGAUAUACGAGGCAAGGCUAUGGGAAGCAAUAGGACAGCGCGCAUCUUGUUGCGCAACAGACUGAAGGUUGGCGUCUUCGGGCCUGAUGGAAAGAGGAUAGGAGGCGUUGGGGCCCAGGGCGACACAUAUGCGCUGAACGAGGUUACGCUUCACCGUGGCUCCAGCCCGCAUCUGAAGAUCAUCGACGUCUAUAUCAACAACCGCUUUCUCACCGAGGCAGUCGCUGACGGCAUGAUUAUCAGCUCGCCAACCGGAUCGACCGCAUAUUCGCUAUCUUCUGGAGGAAGCAUUGUACACCCUCUCGUGCCCUCGAUAUGCCUUACGCCGAUCUGCCCACGAUCGCUUUCCUUCAGGCCACUGGUGCUGCCCGCCCAGACACCAAUCACGUUGCGCCUAGGUAAGAAGAACCGCGGUCGCGAAGUAGAGGUCAGCAUUGACGGGAAUACCAUUACUGAGAAGCUGGGCACGGGCAUGGAAGUCCGCAUAGGUGGAGAGGAGGUCAAACGCGACGCUCGAGGCUGGGAAGGUGGAGUGCCCAGCAUCGUGCGUGGUACGAGUGGCAAGGAAGACAUGGCUGAGGAUCACUGGGUUGGUGGAUUGAACGCUCUCCUGAAGUUCAAUUACCCGUUUGGCAACCAGGAGUCUUAG